AUGGCUUUCAAUAAAAUCGGCAGACGUGAUUCCGGAUUCUUUGAAGAAGAAAUUGAUAAAGAUUUGGAAUUUUUUAUUUCAUCAUUCGAAGAUAUUUUAGGACCAAUACCACACGAAAAUCGCAAAGUACCAUCGUACCACGUUCGAAAAAAUUUUUAUGCAAUUAAGAAGAAUUCGUGUUCAUUUGAGAUUACUUCUAAUAUUCAAAAAUUCUUUGAAUUUAAUAAUAAAUUCGAACAAACCUGUCGUUGUUAUGAUGAUGAUGACACUGAUUCAUUUAAAUUACCUUUGGAAUCUUAUCUAAAACCAAUACCUUUCGAACAAAAAAUCGUUCCAUACUAUGAAAAAAAAACAACUUCUAUCCCUGUCAACAAACAAAUUUCUUUUGAGAAAAAAGAUGUGCAUAAAAAAAGGGCCGAAGAAACAUUUGUAGUUCCAAUUCCGACGGAAUUUCCAACUGAAUUCCCAACUGGACCACCAACAGAUGAAGCUCCAACAGAUGAAGCUCCAACAGGUGAAUCUCCAACACCAACAGAAGAAACUCCACCACCAGAAACUCCAACAGAUGAAGAGACACCACCACCAGAAACAGAAGAGGUUCCAACAGAGAUUCCAACAGGUUCGGAACCAACGGGAGGACCAUCUCCAUCGGGAGGACCAUCAGGAAGACCAUCAGGAAGACCAUCAGGAGGACCAUCGGGAGGACCAUCGGGAGGACCACCAGAGACUCCAACAGGUACAGCGCUGCCAACGGAUGAACCAACUCAAUCGGGAGGACCACCACCAUCAGGGGGACCACCAUCAGGGGGACCAUCUCCAUCAGGGGGACCAUCUCCAUCAGGGGGACCAUCUCCAUCAGGGGAACCAUCUCCAUCAGGGGGACCACCUAGUCCUUAA